CCGCGAGGCGGGCUUUGCCUGCGUCUUAUCGCGCUCUUGAGAAAGCGAAAUGGAGGGGUGUGUGUCUAACCUAAUGGUCUGCAACCUGGCCUACAAUGGGAAGCUGGAAGAGUUGAAGGAGAGCAUCCUGGCCGACAAGUCCCUGGCUACUAGAACUGACCAGGACAGCCGAACUGCACUGCAUUGGGCAUGUUCAGCAGGACAUACAGAGAUUGUUGACUUCUUGCUCCAACUCGGAGUGCCAGUGAAUGAUAAAGACGAUGCUGGUUGGUCCCCUCUUCAUAUUGCCGCCUCUGCUGGCCGAGAUGAGAUCGUAAAGGCCCUCCUGGAAAAAGGUGCACAAGUGAAUGCUGUCAAUCAAAAUGGUUGUACACCUCUCCAUUACGCUGCUUCCAAAAACAGGCAUGAGAUUGCUGUUAUGUUACUAGAAGGUGGGGCUAAUCCAGAUGCUAAGGACCAUUAUGAGGCUACAGCAAUGCACCGGGCAGCAGCCAAGGGCAACUUGAAGAUAAUUCAUAUCCUUCUGUACUACAAAGCGUCCACAAACAUCCAAGACACUGAGGGUAACACUCCUCUACACUUAGCCUGUGAUGAGGAGAGAGUAGAAGAAGCAAAACUGCUGGCAUCCCACGGAGCAAGUAUUUACAUUGAAAAUAAAGAAGAAAAAACACCCCUGCAAGUGGCCAAAGGUGGCUUGGGUUCAAUACUCAAGAGAAUGGUGGAAGGUUAAAGCAGCUUGUAUUUAUUCUUACUUUAUAUGUUUUGCUGUCCUCAAUGCCCUGGAAACUAAUGUACUUGUGCACAAGGCAUUAUCUGCAAAGGAUGAAGUUUUCUUAACUUCAGACUCUUACUAACAUGUUGUAUUAUUCCUGCUGAGAUAAUUAGCGUGUUGUAAACUGGUUAUACAACCUGCUUUCCAGGCAAUGAAUAAUCGUUGAAAUUGUUCUACUCUUGUCAUAUGUUGUUUUCUAAUAUUGAAUUUUGGUUAAUUUUGGGUGAUUGUACGGCUGUUACAAGUCUUCAGCACCUUCCUGUGUACCUUCUCUCUCCCUCUGAAGCACGAUAACCCAUGUAGCAGUGGGCAGGUUGUUCUGUCAGGUGGUUCCAGGUGCAUUCUGUACCUUCAUAUAAUUGAAACACAUCCUACUACUCAGAGACCUAUGAUAAAUAUUCCCAUUUUUCCAACUAUAACUCUUUUGUUAUAGAAGAUAUAUUUAGUGGACCAAAUUUUAAAUCAGAGGAUAUGCUCUAAAAUAGCAGAGUACAGUAUUCUGUACCUUUGUAUCUCUCUGAUGAGCUGUUUUCCUCCAGAAGAUGUUUUGUUUUUAAAAACACAACUUUAAAAUACCUAUAUUGACUCACCUUGUAUUGAAAAGAAUGUCUAGAUUGUUAAAGUAUUUGUACCAAAAAGGUAUUUUGAUUUGUAUUUCAGAACUUAAAAAAAUGUUAGAACACCCCAAUUUUUUGUUUUUAAACUCAGACAUUCACCUAAGCCUUAAAAUUCUGAGUAAAAACAUUUCUCAGUCGUGGGUAGCUCUAAAGUCAAUAAAAUUAGUGAAGCUUGAACUGCAACUAAAAUCUUUGAAAUUGUAGUCUUCUGAAUUGCCAGCUAAAUGCAGAGCAAAAGGAAAUUAAUAAAUGCACACUUGAACUCAAUUUAAGGAAGCAUCUUAAAUGAUUAUUAGUUACAAAAUUAACAUACUCAAAGUGACUCUUGAAAUUAUUUUUUAAUUUGAAUAUUAAGCUGCAAAUAUUGUUCAAAAAAAGUGAUCCAAGUGAGCCCACAAACUUGUAUUAAUUUGAGGUCAGGGACUUAAGGACCAGUAAUUAAAAUGAGUUUUGUAAAUAUGACUUUGUUGUUUAUAAAUAAAAAUAUUUUACAUAAAUUUGUUUGUGCAGUCCUGAAGAUUGAAGCCAGGCAAUUGCUCUACCAUUAAGAUACACCUCCAGCCCGGGAACAUCUUCUUGUGGAACAAAACUAUUGAUUUAUUGAAUGCUGGAGAUAGAAUAAGUGGUAGGGGAAAUAAUUUAUUUUCAAUAUUUUAAAUGUGAUUAAACAGUAAAGUCUUGUCUAAUAGGAUCAGUUAAGACUAAAGGCCUUUAAAUAUUGAGUUUGUUUUCUGAGGUAAUAGGAUAUAUGGAUAUAAUAGAAACUCGUUUUAAUUCCUUUGUAUGCGUUCUUCAGUAAGCAAUACAGAAGGAACCAAGACUGGGGUAAUUUGUAGGCUUGAGUAACCUGUUAACAAUAUUUGAAUCACUGGUUUGUAUAAACUAACAGUAUUAAUGCCCUCAGAUCCUGACCAAAUUGUUACCUAUAGGAAAUCUAAUACAAGAGAAGCUGAUUCAAGGUCAGCAUGUUUUAGUUACUUCCAAAACAAACUCAAAAAGGAUAAAUCAAUUUUAAAGUUUAACUGAAAAUGUAACUUGGAAGAAAUGGGUCAGUAAAUACUGGAAAAAUUUAUGUUCUUAAGUGUACCUUUUAUAGAGAAUUCAUAAUUUUGGUGACAUUGUAUGAGAUUCAAAGUAAAUCUGUAUUGUGCUCUAAAA